GAAGCUUUCGGUUGCAUUACCGCUACUGUAUAGUAGAAGCACAGUCGGAACUUGUGGCUGCUACAAACGACACAGAGGGCAUUUAAUCCGGACUCAGUGAUGAACACUGGACUUCGUGGAGAUACUGAGGUGUUUGUUUGGUACUGUGUAAAUUGAAGUAAACGGUAUAAGCUUGUGAAAGCUGUUUGGUGGAGACAAGGACAAUAAAUUAACUCUCUUUUAAUAAGAAAUCGGUUUUUCACGGUGGGAUUGCGUUUACUUCUCCUCGGGCUUUGUUUUUUGUUUAUUUUUUUAUGGUCGAGAAGAUGAAAACGGAUGAGUGGAGAGAGAAAAGUGCUUCCAAACACAUACUGAUUUGCGACUGCAGCUCUGUUCUCUGAAGAUGGACACAGGAGAGGAGAAGUGGCCAAGCCCAGGUGGCUGAGCUGGCGCCGAGCUCAGCAAGAAUGCAUUUGUCUCCGGUUGGCACGAACAGACGUUGCUUCCUGGCCUCUUCGGCUCUUUGUGCCAUUGUACUGUUACUCAUCCCAACUCUCCAAACGCCACAGCGGCAGAGCGAGCUGCCCCGACCUCUGCCCCACACCAGGCCUGUCAGAGGAGAAAACGCCACAGGCUACAAAGGUGCUGGUUACUCUGAGCACAGCAGCGUCUCUGGACUGCCUUUUUCCAAUGACAAAUCCCGAAAGGACUUAGUCAGUGCUGACUCCAUCAGCACAUGGUCCAAAGAACCCCUGUCUCUGAAAGACAUUUUUAUUGCAGUCAAAACCACAAGGAAGUAUCACAAAUCACGACUGGAGCUGCUUUUUCAGACUUGGGUGUCAAAAGCUAAGGAGCAGACAUUCAUCUUCACUGAUGGUGACGAUAAGGAGCUAAAGCAGAAAGCAGGGGGCAACGUCAUCAACACCAACUGCUCAGCGGCACACACACGCCAAGCGCUGUGCUGCAAGAUGUCUGUGGAGUACGACAAGUUCAUUGAGUCACAGAAAAGAUGGUUCUGUCAUGUGGAUGACGAUAAUUACGUGAUCCUUCCAAGUCUGCUGCAGCUGCUCUCAUCCUAUUCCCACACGCAGGAUGUGUACUUGGGCCGGCCCAGUCUCGAUCACCCUAUAGAGGCUCCUGAGAGGGUGAGGAGUGAUGGAUCGACUUCUGUCAAGUUCUGGUUUGCUACUGGAGGUGCUGGCUUUUGCAUCAGUCGAGGCCUGGCACUCAAGAUGAGUCCAUGGGCAAGUUUGGGGAACUUCAUCACUACGGCAGAGAAGAUCCGUCUCCCGGACGACUGCACGAUCGGUUACAUCAUUGAGGCGCUGCUGGAGGUUCCUCUGAUACACACCAACCUCUUCCACUCACACCUGGAGAACUUGCAGAGGAUGCCUUCUAUGGACAUCCUCAGUCAGGUUACACUCAGCUAUGGUGGUUUUGCCAACAGGAGGAACGUGAUCCCUGUUGCCGGGGCAUUCUCCUUGAUGGAGGACCCGUCACGGUUUAAGACUCUUCACUGCUUGCUUUAUCCUGAGACGGAAUGGUGUCUCCGCAGAAGUCAUCGCUGACUUCGUUCAACACGUUCUUCUGACAAGACAAAGCAACUCUCUCAAUACUCUACAAGCAUGCAUUUAUAAAUCAGACUAGCAAGCUGAUUAUCCUGACAGUUAGCACUGCUGCUUUUUGUAUAGCAGUCACGAAAUAUCUUUAUUUUUUUUUUAUUAUCAGGAUAAUUUUUUUUAAUAUCCCAAAGUCUGAUUUCAAGAGUAGAAGGCUUAAAAUGCUAAACUGAGCUGUGCUCUAGUAAGCAGGCAAUGCAUUAGCAAAUAUCAGGUUUAGUCUGAGUCAGGUUUCACCUCCAGACGUACUCCUGAACAUAAAUAGAAGUUGUGAGGUCGUACUGUUGGGUUAAAUAAGGUUUCACUGUGUUACAGCAAAUUCAGUCCAGGAAGCAUGGAAUUUUAAGGCUUUAGGAUAAGUGCAUUUUAUUGUGAAGAUGACAUGAAGGAAUGAAUCGAAGGCCCUUGCUUGCUGAGUUAAGUCGAGGAAAGUAUGGAUUCUUGCAGAAGUGACUAAUGAAAAAACAUUUUUUAUAGAUAUAUUCCCAAUUCUCCUGUGCACUAUAAGUAUGCCUUAAACACUAAGACAUUUCAUAAAGCUGCCAAUUUUUAUUUUUAUUAUUUUUUAAUUACAUUAUAAUGUCUAUGCUCAUGAAUGCACAUGCAUGGCUUUUCACUGCAGGUCAGUGUUUGUCAUGAAUGAACUUGCCAAAAAACAAACUAAGGUAUUACUUUCCUAGAUAGAAAUAACACAAAUGUUUUGUUGUGUGAACAGAAGGGGAUUAAACGAUGCAAAGCUGCUGCCAAAUACUGUUGCUAUAUGUCUCAUCUUGUUUUUCUUUUCUUUUGCAAAUAAACCAUGUUUUUCUUUUUUUUUA